GAAAAAAGCAUUAAACUGAACGCACUUUUUUACAUUUUCCCUAAAAACAUGCCAACUCAAUGUUUUUUAAUGAAAUCGAUUCUUUCUAAUUAUUUUUGAACAAAACGAUCUAUUCUCGGUUUUUUUUUUUUUAUUGUAAAAAUGCGGUUAGUAAUUUAGUCCUAAUCCCCUUCCUGACAAAAGGAAAUUAGUUUAUUUAUCUUCUUUGAAUGCUGCUCUUAAAUUGUCUUAUCUAUUAUGGAUAAAAGGAAAAAGAAAACCCUCUGUCUACAUCUAACCUUCAGAAAAUAAAAUGAAAGGAAACCCUAGAUUUCUCGACCUGUGAAUACUUAUCCAAAAACCAUAAAUCUCUUGGUUAAUAGCUUCUUUCUUGCUAGUAUUUCGAAAGCCUCGGAUCCAAUUCCUGUAUCUCUAGGGUUUUUGUUUUGGUUAAUGGAUUUGCAAUUGGUGAACAAUGCGUUGACUUUUUCACGAAGGAAGAAAAAAUGGCUUAUAUUGCUAGCUAUAUGUGGAGUCUCUGGUUAUGGGGUCUAUAAGGUGUAUAAUUUACCCUCUGUGGUGAAGAAAAGGAAGAGGCUUUUCAAGCUCUUCGGAGCUCUGAUUUCGUUAGCUGAGUUGGUCUCCGAAUCCGCCGAGACCAUCAAUGUUGUCUCCAAGGAGUUGAAGGAGUUUUUGCAAUCCGAUUCUGAUCAAGCUCCGAGUAGUUUGAAGCAAAUUUCAAAAAUUGUGAGAUCAGAGGAAUUUUCCCAAUCUUUAAUUUCGGUUACUGAGGCUUUAACAGUUGGAGUUUUAAGAGGGUAUAAGUUAGAAUCAGCGAAUGAGAAUGAAUUCGCAGCGGGUUCCGAAAAUUCCAGCAUUACUGAUAGGGUGUUGGAUAGGGUUUUUUCUAAUGCUGGGACUGGUUUUGUAUCUGUUGUUGUUGGUAGCUUUGCUAGGAAUCUGGUUUUGGGGUUCUACUCAAGUGGCGGAGAAGUGGAGGGUUUGAGUGGGAAUAAUGGGUCAUCUGAUGUACCCAAAUGGGUUAAUGUCCUUUAUGAUGAUAAGUCUAAAGAGCUAAUUGCUGAUUGCAUUCAAAGAUUUGUAAGCACAGCUGUUGCAGUUUAUCUUGACAAGACAAUGGACAUUAAUACUUAUGAUGAAAUUUUUGCUGGGAUGACCAAUCCCAAGCAUCAAAAACAUGUCAGAGACACUCUGGUUUCUGUUUGUAAUGGGGCUGUGGAAACACUGGUGAGAACAUCUCAUCAAGUGUUGACAAGUUCAAAAUUGAAUUCGGCUUCAACAUGCUCGAUUUUUGAUCAGAGCGCAGGUGCUGGGGGAAUGAGAGAUGGUUUCGAGAAGGAAGUGUCAUUAAAAGGAGUGAAAAGGGGGAGCUCAUUUGAUGGGAUUCAGAAUAAUGGGUGGGUUGAUAAGGUCUCAUCCACAUGGGCAGUUCCCAGCAAUAGGAAGUUUGUGCUUGAUGUGACUUGGAGAGUAACCUUUGAAACAUUAAGGUCUUUAGUAUUUUUUAUAUUAUGGAUGCUUUCAGAGGGUCUGAAAAGAAGCGUUCAUAUUGUCCAUGAGGAAGUUGUGGAAAGGGGACUGGAUGUUAUCCGAUAUGUUGGUGCUAAGUCUUCCAUUAUAGUCACCGUUUGUCUUGCUCUGUAUUUACAUAUCACGGGUGGUAGUAGGGUUCUGAUGCCUGCUUGAAUGUGUUUUCAGUCCAACUUUUUCGAGGAAAUAUAAUGAAAUCUUACUGAAGUUGCUUAUAUCAGAAGGCCUUGUAUGUAUAUUUCUCUCCUGGAAAAUGUUUAUAGUAUUAGGAAAUACUCAGCUUCCUUCAAAUUUAUUUGAAUGUAUACUCAAUAAUCUCAGUUCUCACUGCUGUAUGCCAGAACUAGUGGUAUUUGUUCCAAAAAUAUCAAAUCCUUUUAUUAUUUUAGAAACGAAAA